AAAUAAAGAAAAUAAAGAAAAGUGUUGUACACAUCAUUAAAUAUUAUUGGCAACAAAAAAGAAGUCAUGAAGUUGUAGUUUUAACAAUAAGAAAAGUUUAUAAAGAAAACAAAUUUAAUGAAAAUAUUUAACAUACCGCGUACUUGUAAUUGUUUUUCACUUUUAUUUAAAAUUCGUUCAUUCCGUCCAUUCGUUUGUUUGUUUGAUUGUUUCUUUGUUUGUGGCAUGACAACGUAAUCAAUUCAUUCAAAAAAUAAUAAAAAUAACUCAAGUGUAGUGCACCGAAACCGUAGAGUGUGAGAGAAAAACUAACUGACUGCCUGCAUUUCAAUAAAACAAAACAAAUACUAAAAACAAAUAAAAGUCAAAUGGAGAAAUUUUUAAAAAAUAGAUAAAAUUAACAAAGAUAUUCCUAAAUCAAAAAAAAAAAAAACAGACUAGAAAAUAUUAAAGUCAAUUAAAGCAUCAUUAUUAAAUUAUUAUCUUUGAUUUUUAACAUUUAUGUUUUGUAAAUGUAAAACCAGUGUUCACUUAUUAAUUAAUUACAGUUAUAAACAACUGCCCGACAGCCUGUGUAUCGUCUAUGUAUCGUUUGUUUAAAGUCAUUAGGAAAAAAUAACUCAUUAGAAAGAAGAAAAUACUAAAUUACAAACGAUUUAAAGAAAAAUAAAAUAAAUUUAUUGAUACUGGCCGAUCAUCUUCUAUUACCACUACCAGCCAACACUACCAAUACUAAUACUAUUCCAGCAUAUAUUUAUUUCCUUGUUCAUGUACCGAUCGAUGACUUGAUGUUUUGGAUUUUGCUUAAUUUUAUAAUUGGAAAAACAAAAAACUUGAUCACUACAUCCACUUGAAACAUGAGGAAGAAUCGCUAUAGUCGGCAAUGGCUAGUCAAUCAAUACGAUGAUAAUGAUCAUAAUCAUGAUGGUGCUAAUAAACAUAAUGUUACGGGACAGAAGCAGAAUCAUCCAGCACAAAAUUACAGCACACUAGCGAAUACAAAUGGUCCAGCAGCAUUUCACCCCUUUCACAAAAAUUUUCAAACACAGACGCAUUUUCACUCACACCUGCACCCACAAGAUAGUAGUAGAAAUGAACCGUUAACCGUACGGAGAAGACAUUUAGAUUUUUAUUUACGAUGGCCUUUAAAAAAGUCCUGUUUCAACCAAAUACUAGAAGUAUUAUUAGCGUUAGUUUUAGUCAAUUGUCUAUUAUAUAGGCUAACGCAUUUGCCAUUGGCUUUGGCUGCUUAUGGUGAUUUACAACCGGCCAGAGGAUACCAUCAUCAAGCCGAGGCAAGUGCUUUUAGCAGUAAUUUUCGUAAUAGCGAAAGUUUAAACUUAAAUUCAAACGAGGAUGAAGAGGAUUCAUUCUUUCGACAGCCUCAUAACAUUGGUGGUUCUGCCUUCGGUUACAAUGGUCUUCAGAUCCAACACAACUUGGACGAUAAUUUACUAAGGAGUCAAAACUUUAAAAUUAGUCCGAAGCCUUGUUCUACGGGCCGUAUUGAAGGAACCUGUAUGUUUGUCUGGGAGUGUAUAAAGUCUGAGGGUCGACAUGUUGGCAUGUGCGUGGAUUCGUUUAUGUUUGGCUCUUGUUGUGUUCACAACUACACGGACAACAUAGUGCAACAGAAUACAUUUUCAUACACCAGACCCACUAAACCAUUAGGAAUCGGUAGUAUGAAUCAUAGGCCACGGCCGCCUCAGCAACCACAUCGUCCCAGUAUCAGCGGAAUGACAACGAUAGAAAGACCACACGGAGCGGGCACAUUGGUCAUAAGACCUUCAGGACCUCAUCAUCAAGGUGCGCUAUUAAAACCUCACCACUCAAAGCCCCCAUAUGCAAGCACAGCUUUAUCAAGUUCUGCAACAAGUACGACCUCAACCACUACGACAGAUGAUCCGACCAUAUUAUGGACAUCAAACUCCAUUUUGGGCGAUUUGCAAUCAUCGGCUAGUAUUGCCUCAGCAACAACAAUUAAUCACCAACAGCAACAACAUUGGCACUUAACGACUGAACCAAAUUUUAUUACAAAGCCAAGGCCACCAUCAUGGGAUAAACCUUCGACAUUGAGACCUAAGCCGCCUAAGCCACCAAAGCUACCCAAACCCAGUAAAAAGCCUACUACAGCCCUCGAUUGGUUGACCCAACAACAACUACAACAGCAAUUAACACAAAAGCCUUCAUUUAAUACACAUUCGACCAGUACAUCUACUACGACCACUGCAACUACGAUCAAGAAUAAGCCUUCAAAGAAUCCUGUUGAAUCACUCUCAUCAACUACUCCAACAACAGCUACAACGACGUUAAUGAUGACGACAACAACAACAAAAACUAAACCUCAGGUUGUUGCACAAAGUACUAAGCCAACAUCAAAGCCAUCACCUAAUACAACCAAACCCUAUACUAAACCUACCUCAAGUGUAAGCAGUAGUACAGCAAUAACAACAACAACGACGACUACAACAUCGUCAACAUCAGCUUUACCAUCAACAUCAAUGUACAUUCCAACAAAACCAGCAACAACUUCUUCUACAACGUCUACAAGUUACAGCCAAAAACCAUCAACGGCGGCGGCGUCUAAGCCAACAACAACAACUGCUGUUUUUCCAACAAAACCAUCACAGAGACCAACAUCCUCUCAGCGACCAUCUACUACAACAACUGCAGCGUCAUCAUCUUCAAACACAUUACCACCACCUCAUAAUCUCAGCUCAAUCGAAUCGAAUGAAAUUAGUGACCAUUUAGACAUUGAUAGCGCCACUAUUAAGACCAUAUCAGCCGCCCGUAGUGAAUGUGGAACACCCGUUUUAACACGACCGGAAACACGCAUUGUAGGUGGUAAAAGUGCAGCAUUUGGACGUUGGCCUUGGCAGGUAUCUGUGCGUCGCACUUCAUUCUUUGGCUUUUCAAGUACACAUCGAUGCGGUGGAGCUCUUAUAAAUGAAAAUUGGAUUGCUACUGCUGGUCAUUGUGUGGAUGAUUUAUUAAUUUCCCAAAUUCGCAUACGUGUGGGCGAAUAUGAUUUCUCACAUGUUCAGGAACAAUUGCCCUAUAUUGAAAGAGGUGUUGCCAAAAAGGUGGUGCAUCCUUUAUACAAUUUCUUUACAUAUGAAUAUGAUUUGGCACUAGUUAAAUUAGAGCAACCACUAGAAUUUGCCCCUCAUGUCAGUCCAAUAUGUCUUCCGCAAACGGAUAGCUUGCUAAUUGGUAUGAAUGCAACAGUGACGGGCUGGGGAAGACUUAGCGAAGGAGGCACCUUGCCAUCAGUUUUACAAGAGGUUUCGGUGCCCAUUGUUAGUAACGACAAUUGCAAAAGUAUGUUCCUAAGAGCAGGAAGACAAGAAUUUAUACCGGAAAUAUUUUUAUGUGCUGGUUACGAGACUGGUGGACAAGAUUCUUGCCAAGGUGAUUCGGGUGGUCCUCUUCAGGUAAAGUCUCAAGAUGGUCGUUACUUUUUGGCUGGCAUUAUAUCGUGGGGAAUAGGCUGUGCUGAGGCCAACUUGCCAGGCGUGUGUACGCGUAUUUCAAAAUUCGUGCCUUGGAUUAUAGAAAAUGUAACGUGAUAAGCUUUCCACUAUCUAGCCACAAAUAUGAAAUAUAGAUUAUUAUUUAUGUUUAUUAUCUAUGAUUACUUUUACUAAUCAAAUGUGUAAAUAUCUUAAACUCAAUUGUUGAAAUAUUGUUUUACUUUUAUUAUUAUUAUUAUUUUUCUACAAUUCUCAUUUAUUAUUCUUAUUUAAUUUACGUGUGAUUUUAUUUAUUUUAUUAUAUUAAAAUGUAGUUAGAAACAAUUAUUAAAGCCCAAUUAAUUCAAUUCGCAUCAAUGAAAUAUAAAUCAUUUCAUUUUCAAAUAAUUUAUAAAAAAAAAAACUGAAAUUCAUUCCAGCUGUACAUAAGUACAUGCGUACAUACAUAUGUAAAUGUUAUGUAUGAUGUAUCUAUAUUUAUUUAUAUAUAUAUGAAAAACACUUGAGAGUCAUUUUUAGCUUAAAAUUCAAUUGUAAAGAAUUAUUGUAAUGUUUUCUAGUAUUAUUAAGUGAAUUUAUUUUGUAUUUAUAAAAACGACCAUAACAACAACAAAAAAAAACAUAUAUUGUCUUGCCCAAAGAAGGAAAAAAUAAAAAACAAGGAUUAUAAUUCAAUUAUAUCAAUAAAACGUUUUUGAGUUAACAAUAUUUUUUAUUAUUUUUAUUUAGAAUUCGUAUGAUUAUGAUGGAAUAGGCUGCAUACAUCAAGACAACCCGAUGACAGUGAAAUAUUAUAUUCGAAAAAUCGAUGUUAAUACCCAUUUCCUUUUAAAACUGCUAAAAUAAUCUGGAUAUUAC